AUUUUUUUUCUUCCGAUUCGUCUUUUUGUUCCAGUAGUACGAAAGGUUCUUCUUUCUCAACUUUUUCCCCCACCUUCUCUCUCACGCACCUACCUUUGCUUUCUCUCUACUUUUAAAACAUUAUAAUACGUCUAGUACCAUGGCAGAAGAGCAAGCUCUAGAACAACCCCACCCCACAAUGACCCAAGUAAAGCUCAGAAAAAAAGGCAUGGCUCCAGACCUAUACAAAGGCCCACGCCGAGCUCUCUGCACUUGCAUCACUAUCUUUCUCCUCUUAAUUGGUGUAACAGCCCUCACACUUUGGCUAGUCUACCGUCCCCACAAGCCACAGUUCAAGGUAGUCGGCGCCGCCGUCUACGAGUUCAACAUGUCAACUCCACCGCUCAUCUCCACCACCAUGCAGUUCACAGUCAUCACAAGGAACCCAAACAAGCGCGUGUCCGUUUACUAUGACAAGCUUUCAACUUUUGUGUCGUAUAAAAACGUACCCAUCACACCCCUAGUGAUGCUGCCUCCUUUGUAUCACAGGAAGCACAGCACCGUAGCAGUGUCACCGGUGGUGGGAGGCACGGCGGUGCCGGUGUCGCUGGAUGUGGCAAAUGGGUUGGUGAUGGAUACGGCAUAUGGGGUGGUGGGGUUGAGGUUAGUGUUUUUUGGGAGGCUGAGAUGGAAAGCCGGAGCUAUAAAGACUGAGCAUUAUCGGGUUUAUGUGAAAUGUGAUGUGUUGGUGGGAUUGAAGAAAGGUUUUGUGGGUCAAGUACCCUUGCUUGGAGCAACUCCUGGUUGCAAAGUCGAUAUAUGAAGAAUUAUCAAGAUUGUAUUUGUCGGUGCAAGUUCUUUUUUUUUAAGCUUCUCUUUUUACUCUUAUCAUAUAGUAUAUGUUUUAGCUGUUUAUUUUGUUGAAGUUCUUUGCCAUUUAAUCUGUAAGUGUAACUAUAGUCUAUAGACGUGGAUUGAACAAGUUCAGAUGCAAAGUACCAUGUUAAAAGCUCU